AUGGGGGAUUAUAAUGACAUUCUCCAUCAGUCAGAGAAGAUGAGGCGGAAUCUACACCCGAAUUGGUUAAUAGCUGGGUUCAAUGAUGCAGUAGCAGAUAGUGGCCUUAUGGAUUUUCCGUUUCAGGGCAAUCAAUAUACCUGGGUGCGGUCUCGAGGGACCCCGGCCAUGAUCGAGGAAAAGCUGGAUAGGGUGUUGACAACGGACUCAUUGGUGGAUCUUUUCAAUGGUGCAACAACGUGUUCUUUAACCUGUCCUUACAGUGAUCAUUCACCAUUGCUGCUUACGCCAGUGAGGGUUCCGAAUGGGGUAAGGCGGCGCCACUUCUGUUUUGAUAACCUAUGGCUAAGAGAAGACCGGUGCAGGGAGAUUAUUGAUAACAGCUGGGGCCGUACCAUGGGCUUGGAUGUUCUGGAUCGUAUAGCUAUUUGUGGUCAGGAUAUUUGGAGAUGGGGGGAACUUAUAAUAAAGAGUUCCAUCUUAGUAUCGAGGAAGCGCCGGAACCGAAUUAAGCUCUUGCGGAAGGACAAUGGGGCUGCUGUGGAUACUGGGAAUGGUAUGCGGGGGAGGUGA